AUGUACAUGAUGGAGAUGAAAGCAAUCGCGUUGCUUGCAAUUCACUGCUUCACCCUUUUCCACGACGGCCACGGACUGUCCGAGCACGGUCCUCUCACUAAAGAAGAAGAGUCGGAGCUUGAAGGGCAGCUCAAGACCCUCAAUAAACCUCCCGUUAAGACUUUAAAGGCAUUCAAUGAAGAUGUCAUAGACUGCAUCGACAUUUACAAACAACCAGCUUUUGACAAUCCUUUACUUAAAAACCACAAGAUCGAGACAAAGCCGAGGCCUUCAUCGGCUGGAGUCAAGAGGGAAAGAACAGCACAAGCUACUCUAGUUGACCAACCGUACUUGUUGGGCGAAUGUCCCACUGGAACCGUUCCUAUUCGCAGGACAACUAAAGAUGAUUUACUAAGACAACACUUUUUUGCGAAGACAUUUGUAGCACCUCCUAUUACUCACUUCGCGUUCUUGAGCGUCGAGGCCUACAAACAAGGUCCUCUACACGGGGCAGAAGGAUUUAUCAAUGUCUAUAAUCCCAACGUCGAAGCUGGACAAUUCAGCACGAGUCAAAUCUUGAUUACCGACGGUCCGGAGGAACUAUCAGUCAGCAAAAUCGAAGUUGGAUGGAUGGUGAAUCCCGAUCUCUACGGCGACUCACUCACUCAUUUCUUCACUCGUUGGACAGGAGGUGGUGGCGAUGGAACGGGAUGCUACGACAUGGCUUGUCCUGGUUUUGUGCAGACCAAUCGCAAGAUUCCCCUCGGAUUUGUGUUGCAAAAUGUCAGUGUUUAUGGUGCGCGUCCACACGACAUAAUUGUUCGAGUUGAUCGGGGUCCCGGAGAAUCUUGGCGGUUGUUGUAUGGAGAAUACAGAGACGAAAUUGGCUACUGGCCCAGAGAUUUAUUCCAAUAUUUCGGCAGCGGUGCAUCAAGCAUAAGAUUUGGAGGACAAGUAGGCCACCUCCCUGACCGCCCGAGCCCUCCGAUGGCGAACGGUCGCUUCCCGGACCACGAAUUCAUCCACUCUGGCUACAUCCGACAAAUCCGCUACGUGAACAGCCACAAUUUAGUGAUAGACUUUGAUCCGAACGUUACAGCGACUCAUGUGGACGUUCCGCUCUGUUACAACGUGUUCGACGAAGGGCAUUUAAUAGGCGACGCAGGAUACUGCACGACGUUCGGUGGACCGGGUGGAAAUUGCGAUUAA